CUUGAGAGUGAUGACAACAACAAAACAAACCUUUGAACAUCCUAUCGUCUUCCUUUUUAAUGGAGCUGAGGAAAGCUUUCUGCUAGCCUCACACGGAUUUAUAAAACAACACAAAUGGGUGCCUAACUUAAAGGCAUUUGUAAACCUCGAUGCUGGAGGUAGUAAUGGUCGAGAGUUAUUAUUUCAGAGCGGACCAAACCAUUCUUGGCUUGUGGAUUACUACAACAAGUAUGUGAAACAUCCCUUUGGCACAAUCUUGGCUGAGGAAAUUUUCCAGUCCGGUACAAUACCAUCUGAUUCCGACUUUAGAAUAUUUAAAGAACACAUGCCAGGUUUGGAUAUGGGUCAAAUCUUUAAUGGGUUUAUAUAUCACACCAAAUAUGAUGUAGUUGAUCUGAUCUCACAUGAAUCCCUUCAGCACACCGGCGAUAAUGCUCUCAGUCUGAUUCGCGGACUGGCAAACGCAACUGAAUUAAAUGAUCCGCAGGCACACAAUAAUGGACCUGCCGUAUUUUUUGAUUUCCUGGGACUCUACUUUGUUCACUAUUCUGAGGCUACUGGAAAAUCCUUGAACUAUAGCGUUGCUGGGGCAGUUCUCUUUCUGAUCCUCGUUUCAAUCUGGAGGAUGGCAAAUUUUUCCAAAAUUUCAACUUGUCACGUGAUGCGUUGGUUUAUCCUGGUAAUGGUUAUUCAAAUCAUUUCGUUUGUGCUUGGACUCGCUCUUCCAAUUGUGGUUGCUUAUGGAAUGGACUCCUUCGGACUGUCGUUGACUUAUUAUAGCACCCCUAUGCUGAUAGUAGGGUUGUAUGUGUGUCCCUCACUUAUUGGCCUAAGUUUACCUAUAACUAUCUACUACAGUCUUCAGCGUAACAAUAAAAUCUCAAGUGCUUACCAUCUCCAAUUGGCAUUGCACAGUCAGGCCGUCAUCCUGGCUCUUCUAGCUAUUGCAUUAACAGUUUUGAGUAUCCGUUCCACAUAUAUUCUCACAAUUCCCCUUUUUUUCUAUUUUGCCUCUUUGGCUUUUAAUCUGUUAACUCCCUUGCAUGAUCGAGGCUACGCCUGGACAGGUUUGUUAAAGGUAAGCCAGGUAAUUCCAUGUCUGUACAGCAGCUAUAUUUCCUACCUAUUCAUUGUGGUGCUAACACCAAUGGGAGCUCGAGCGGGAAGUGCCUCCAAUCGGGACUUGUAUAUUGCAGCCUUAGCAGCCGUUGGAACUGUUCUUUCCUUUGGAUUUUUGGUACCGCUUAUUAACACUUUCCGUCGACCAAGCUUUGUGGUAUUUCUCCUGUUAGCAACCACAGUUCUCUCUUUGUUCUUGGCCAGCAGCACACAAUUGGGAUUCCCUUAUCGACCAAAGACGAGUGGCCAGAGAGUUGCAUACCUGCAUGUGCGGAAUAAGUUCUACGAGUACGAUGGCACUCUCAGUAAGGACGAGUCUGGUUACUUGUUUUUGUAUCAGGAUCGACGUAAGGAAACCGUACUUGACGGCUCUAAUGUCAACUUGACUGGUCUUGUCAGUAUAAAAUCGAAUUGUGAGAAACACAUGAUGUGCGGUAUGCCGUUGUAUGAUUACCGUUACGUGCAGCAGCGUCUUGAAAGCAAGUGGUUGCCACGUGACACGCCCAUUGAACCACCAGGAUCAACCACAUUGGAGAUGCUGAACAAAACCAUUAUUAAUUCAACUACUUGUCGAUUUGAAUACAAUUUGACAGGUCCUGCUCAAAUGAGUAUCUUCUUUCAAACUUAUGAAGAUGUGACUAUAACCAACUGGUCAUUCCUAAUGAGUUACCUUAAGAAUCCCCCAAAAUAUCCUUUAUCCUAUCAUAUAUUCUUCAACUACGGUAUUGACAGCUCAUCUUUGCAUUUCUUUGUUGAAGUUUCGAAAACAAAUGGCGACUUCAAGGUUCCUCUAAUCCAAAUCGGAGUUUCAGCACAUUUUAUCGGAUAUAAGGGCGAUGCGGAAAGUCAAAAACUCGCAUCCUCAUUUCCUGAUUUUGCUAUUCGAGCCGAUUGGCCGGCCUCAUAUCAAAGAUAUAUUUUUUAACUAUGAUAAAUAACAAAUAAAGUAUAUAAAAGCAGACUUUUUAA